AUGUCGUCGUAUUUUGAUUUCUUUUGUCAGAACAAAGAAAAUGAGAGUAGAGAAAAAAGUACACAAAAUGAAGAUCGAAUCUUAGGCACUUGUUACUCAAUGUGUCCUGAAGAUGAAGUCAAAUUGCGUGAGGCGGAACGCCUAGUUCAUGUAUUAGAAGUAUGGGGGAGUGAGAGAAGGCUUGUGAAGAGCUACAGUAGAUCAGCAGCGGACUCCAAUAUGGCAGUACCACAUCUGCUGCGGCCGUACUCGGUGCUUACCAACACUGUACAGUAUCUGCUGCUUGACGUCACAAGAAGAAUGGAUGUGCCUGUACCGGUAUUAUAUGACUUUGUGAAUGAUCGCCUGAGAGCAGUAAGGCAGGACAUCACCAUCCAGCGACUUAUUCCAACUCAAUGUGUUUACCUUCUGGAACCUAUGAUCAGAUUCUAUGUUUACUAUGGAUAUGUAUUAUCAGGCCAUCCUCUAAAGGACUAUGACCCAGUCCUGAACAAGAAGUACUUGUUAGAAUGUUUGAAAUGGUACCUCUCAUGCUGUGACAGCAUUGCUAAGGAUCAAGGAAAUAUAGAUGAGCUCUCUGGUUUCUUCUCGGGGCUACAAGUUAAUAUUAGGGAAAGUAAAACUAAAUUAGUAAAUGAUCAAGUGUUGUUGGAAAGUUUAUAUAUAUUAUGCAAUCUUGAUGACUUGCAUCCACUGUACAGAUAUCUUAAGAUGACCAAAGAUCUUAAAAGACAAGAAAAACUUCAAUUAUCAUACCAAAUAGCAAUAGCAAAUCUUCAGGGCAACUAUGUGAAAGUGUGUAGGCUGUCAGGAAAGCUGUGCCCUCUGUUAUACUGUGCCUUAUCUACUUACUUGCCAAAAUUGCAAUGGCGUGCACUAAAUGUGAUGUGCCAUGCAUAUAACAACAAACGCUUGACAGUACCAAGCACUGCACUUGUUCAUUGGUUAUGCUUCAGCACAGAAAGAGAUGCAAAAAGUGCAUGCUCACAUUACGGACUUAAAGUGAACGAAGAUGCGAUACUAUUUGAUAGAAGCGAAUUUAAAACAGAUGCACGUUUGCAUAUCCCAGUAAUUCGGAAUAUUACGAAGAAGUUUGAAGUAAGCCUGAUUGAUAUAUUUACAUAUGAAACAAGUAAAUAG